UGUAUAAUGUAGCCAGGAGUCACGGAUGCACGGAAUUAUGGGCAAUCCCUAUGCUGCCUUUAUAAUGUGCCACAGAGCCAAUGUUCUCCAGAAAUGUGCUUGGUGUAGGUUCACGGAGUGUGGCGCACACCAGCAAGAAUGUUAAAGCUGCCUACAUCACAAACAUCAGUGUAAAAGGUAUUGUGAUGUUAACAACCCCAACCCGUAAAAAAGCACCAUGUUACAGAAACGACAAGAAGGAGCCAUUCGGGUACACUACGGCAGAGAAGAGAGGGCGCAUCCUUGCAUGUAUCUAUGACGGGGCCGGGUGAAAUCAAGAGGGAAGCCUGACCCCUGAUGACCCCGAUCUUCGAAACCAAAGCCAUCACCAGAGUAUGUACCUGGAACGUGCGCAAACUGUUUUAGUGUGGGCGCAUGGACCAGGUGCUGAAGACUAUGAGGGACUAUCGCCUGGACAUUUUAGGCGUUAGUGAAAUGAGGUGGACUGGGCAGGGGCGCCUCGUCAUUGAUGGAGCAACCGUUCUUUUCUCUGGGAAGCAAGACCACCAUACCCAUUGAGUCGGGAUGAUCCUUUCCAACUGUGCGGCACUUGCGCUAGUGGGAUGGAAACCGGUGAAUGAGCGCAUCAUCACAGCAAGGCUCUAUAGUAGACAUGCCAAAGUGACCAUUGUGCAAGUCUAUGCCCCAACCGAGGUUGCCUCAGAAGAGGACAAGGAUGCCUUCUACAGCCAGCUCCAAGCCGUGCUUGAUGCGAUCCCCAGCUAUGACAUCAAGAUGCUGAUUGGAGACCUAAAUGCGGAAGUGGAUGGCGGUAGAAGGGGCCUCAAUGCCACAGUGGGACCACACGGGUCUGCAAACUCUACCAAUGACAACGGGGAGAGACUGCUGCUGCUAUCCAGUACCAACGGCCUCAGCAUUGGUAACACGUUUUUCAAGCACAAACAGAUCCAUAAGAUGACAUGGGUUUCACCUGGGGGCGGAACCCGAAAUGAGCUGGACUACAUAUGCAUAAACACAAGGUGGCGUUCGUCACUGUUAGACGUUUGUGCACACAGGGGUGCAGAUGUAGGCUCAGAACACUUUCUUGUGGUGGGUAAAAUCAGGCGGAAGCUGAAAAAGGUGCAAAAAAUGACAACCAAGAGACCCUACGCAGUGGAAAAGCUUAAGAACACUAACCUGUCGAGAAACUACCGUGAGGAGUUGAGGAAGAAGCUUGAGGUACCACCAAAUCCUUCAAUUGAGGAGCAGUGGAGUCUCAGAAGGGGCACCAACAAGGAGAGAUGGAUAACAGAAAAGACCUGGAAAUUGAUUGACGAAAGGAAGAUGGCAAAGAUGGAAAGAGAACAGAAGAGGAGGCUCCGAUGCUGGAGGAUGAAAGACGAGGAGUACAGACACCUUGACCAGGAAGUAAAAAAGAGCUGCAGGAAAGACAAACGGAGGUGGCUGCAGGAGAAAGCAAAAGAAGCACAAGAGGCAGCAGAGAAAAACAACACUAAAACACUCUACAGGAUUGUGCGGGAGCUAACCAGCUCCAGGAGCAGCUCCGGGGUGCCAAUCAAGACAGGGCACUACUAAGCGACGAGGAACAGGAAGCAAGGUGGGUGGAGCACUUCAAAGAGGUUCUCAACCAGCCAACACCUCCCACUCUCUUUCUUUUUGAUCGGGAAACACCAACCCCAACUCUGAUAGUCACCUCAGAAGAGAAACCAGGACCGAGGUUGCCCAAGCAAUCAAGAGCCUCAAGAACAGCAAGGCACCAGGACUCGACGAGGUAUCUGCUGAGUUGCUGAAGCACGGUCAGGAGGUGGUUGUGGAGAGCCUCACGCACCUGUUCAACCUGAUCUGGCAUGCCGAAGAGGUCCCUGCUGACUGGAGACGGGGGGUUAUAGUGACGCUGCCAAAGAAGGGAAACCUCGCAGACUGCAACAACUGGCGGGGCAUCACACUGCUGUCGAUUCCAGUUAAAGUUUUCUGUAGUGUGCUGCUCCAACGCCUAAAAAAAGAGGUUAGUAACAUCUUAUUGCAAGGGCAAGCCGGCUUCCGAAAGGGAAGGUCUUGCGCGGAACAGAUCUUCACUCUUCGCAACAUCAUAGAACAAUGCCAAGAACUCCAGACACCCCUCAUCAUCAAUUACAUCGAUUUCAAGAAAGCCUUCAAAAGCAUCCACCGGGAAUCACUGUGGCAGAUCCUCCAGCUAUACGGUAUACCAUCAAAGUACGUCAACAUCUUCAGAGCCCUGUACCACAACUCCACCUGGCUGGUGAAAACCACCAACAGCACAACCGACGACUUUGACAUUGUGAACGGGGUAAGACAGGGUUGCAUCUUGUCCCCCUUACUGUUCAUAAUUGUCAUAGACUUUGUCAUGAGGAAGUCUGUCGUCGGAACAAACCUGGGCAUUACGUGGGGAGGGGGCAGACUGGCAGAUCUGGACUUUGCGGACGACUAGGCCCUGCUUAGCCAUUCCUACGCUGCGCUCCAAAAAUUGACCAACAAUCUGCAUGAGCAAGGGGAAAAAGUUGGCCUACGUAUAAGCCAAGAGAAGACCAAGGCCAUGACCGUCGCACAAGACCAAAACGUUCCACUGCUCACCGUAGGCGAACAAGGCAUAGAGUACGUUAAGAACUUCACGUAUCUGGGAAGCAACAUCUCAAAUACUGGAGACGCAGAAAAGGACGUACAGACCAGAUUCGGAAAAGCUGCAGGAGUCUUCCAACGCCUCCAGAACAUCUGGUCGAAAAUCUAUCAGUACGUCCACAAAGCUGCGCCUCUAUAUGUCAGUAGUCAUCCCUACAGUGACCUAUGCCUGUGAGACGUGGAUGAAGACAUCAAGCAUCACGAACAAGCUGGAUGUCUUCCACCGACGGUGCCUAAGAUACAUCUUGAAGAUCUCAUGGAGAGACCACAUCACCAAUGAAGAGGUGAUGAGAAGGGCAGGGGUAGCACCAUUGAGUGCCAGAAGGGGGAAAGAGGAAGAGAAGAUGACCAAAGAAGACUUGGAGACAAACAGCCAAGGAAGACCUGAGAGAGAUGGGAGUCAGCUGGCAUCGAGCAAGAAGGGUUGCCAAUGACUGGAACAAAUGGAGGGGACUCGUCGCCCAAUGUUCCAACAGGAACGGAGGAACUAAGUCUAAAGUCUUCAAGAAGUCCAGCCCCAACUGCAAGCUGACUGUUUAUCUGGGCAAGCGGGACUUCAUAGAUCACUUAGAUCAUGUGGAUCCAGUGGACGGAGUGCUCCUUGUGGACCCAGAGUAUCUCAAGGGUCGCAAAGUGUUUGUAAUGCUGACUUGUGUGUUUCGUUACGGUCGUGAGGACCUGGACGUCUUGGGCCUUUCCUUCCGAAAGGAUCUUUACGUGAGCACUUUUCAGGUUUUCCCUCUCCUGGAUGAGGAAGAGCAGAAACCUUUGAGCUACCUGCAGGGGAGGCUGUUAAAAAAGCUUGGCCAACAUGCCUACCCCUUCAACUUCAGUAUCCCCCAGAACCUGCCCUGCUCAGUUACCCUGCAGCCCGGCCCAGAGGACACUGGCAAGGCGUGUGGCGUGGACUACGAGCUUCAAACUUUCUGUGCCAACACAGCGGAUGAGAAGCUUCAUCAAAGGAACUCGGUGCUCUUAGUGAUCCGUAAGGUGCAGUUUGCGCCAGAGAAGAGAGGCCCACAGCCCAUGGCGGAGACGAGCCGCAGCUUUCUGAUGUCGGAGAGACCUCUGCACCUGGAGGCCUCGCUGGAUAAGGAGCUGUAUUACCAUGGCGAGCCCAUCAGUGUCAACGUUCACGUCUCCAACAACUCCACUAAGACGGUCAAGAAAGUCAAGAUAUCAGUCCGUCAGUAUGCAGACAUCUGUCUCUUUUCCACGGCCCAGUACAAGUGUCCUGUGGCCCAGCUGGAGGCAGAUGAUCAGGUUUCUCCCAGCUCCACCUUCUGCCAGGUCUACACACUGACACCCUGCAUGGGUACCAAUAGGGAAAAGAGAGGCCUGGCCUUGGACGGAAAACUCAAACAUGAAGACACCAACCUGGCCUCCAGCACCAUAGUGAAAGAGGGGGACAACAAGGAGAUGAUGGGCAUCUUAGUAUCCUACAGGGUCAAAGUCAAACUGGUGGUGUCUUUAGGAGGGGACAUCGCAGUGGAGCUUCCGUUUGUCCUGAUGCAUCCCAAACCAAUGGGCCAGCCCAGCCUGCAGCCAGCGUCUCCUGAGGCUGAUGCUCCUGUUGAUGCAAACCUCAUAGAUUUUGAUAUGAGGUCUUCCUCUCAAGGCGACGACUUUGUGUUUGAAGACUUUGCCCGCCUACGUUUGACGGGGUCUCAGGUGGACGGCGACCCCCUCUGUUAGCCGCGGCGAGCCAAAAGAUAUUCUGCUGUCUUUCAGAGACUCUAAGGGUAUUUUUACAAGUUUUCUAAUGAAGAAAAGCUCCGAUGUCUUACUGCUUAUUUAGUUCUUAAUUUCAAGUUGCAGUCAAAGUUAUGAUUAUUUGGCUUUUGGAAAAUUUCAGGAGGAACCUAUAAUUCACUAUUUUAAAACGUGUGAUUGCUCGUGUGCAGCUGUUGAAUAGUUCACAAUCGCCAAGUGGUGUUGGUCAAUUGUUGUUUUCUUGGUUUCCCAAUGUCAAAAUGUGAACAGCAGAGGGACUGUUUUGAAUACCGUCAGGACACUUAUGGAUCACACACCUGUUGCGAAUGUACUGAAACCUUCAACAGUCGGACAUUCAGAAGUUUAGAGAAGGCUGAAUUAAGUUUACCCAUACAGUACAUUUUAAUUAGUGUAUUUUAGGUUCAUCCUGAUUUUUUAUCAGUAGCAUAUUAGAUUUAUUCUAUACUCUGUGUACUUUUGUAACCCAAAUAGAGCGCCUCUUUGUUACUGUGUUUUAACUGUGGUCAUUUCUGAAGGACUUGCUGCAUAUACGUCAUUGACUUGCUCAGGUGAUGGUGGAAAAGUAAGGAUCCUAAAUCGUACGAAGGAAGUAUUUAGACAAAUCCUGCCUGAGUUACAUUACGCGUGAAAAUAUUGACAAAGAUACUCUAUAGAUCAUAUUAUUUUCUUCAAAUGAAUGUUGUAAUCAAAAGUUUGUACAAAUAAAUGUGUAGCACACAAAUAUGAAAAAAGUGAGAUCAGUUCAAAAAGUGCACAUUUAAGAGUUAUGCUGCUGCUCCAGCAUGACUUCGCAGGUGCGGCCCAUUUCUCCCAGUUUGACCUUGGCGUACUCUGCCCUGUUGAGUGCCAUCUGACAGUCUUUCCUGGAAGAGUAUGUAGAGCCUUCAUGAGGUUGGCCUGUAGCCACCUGAAGAAACAACGACAGUUAUUCAUCUUAAAAACAAAUCCUAAAAGUGUGUGUUUAUUACCUGUGUAAGGUAGCGGAUUUGGCCGCUCAGUUCGUUCUCCACUCUGCUGAUGGAGCUCUGGAACUGGACCAGCUGUCUGUCCAGCAGGCUGGCGUUGUGUUUGUCUUUCGAAAGUUCGACCAUUAUGUUACCUGCAAAGGAUAGACAACAAUACAAUGAUACAA